CCCACUGUUCUGUUUCAGAAGUUAUCCAAAAGCCAUGUCUUCAGACACAGACAUCAGAUCCAAAAAUCAACCUUUCUACCUCUCACUCUCCCAACACCCUCCUACCCCGGCCUUCCGCGACCUUCUCGAAAACUACAGCAAGAUCCUACCAAAAGAUGUAGAAACCCAUCUCGAAGCCAUCCGAGACUCAGCUUGGACCCAUCACCCUUACCCAUCCAUUGGUCUCUUCAUUUUUACCGACCUCGGGCUAUCCGGCGACGACCUCCCCAACACCCCGCAGGAGAUAACCAGUACCUACAGCACUAUUCUUCAGAUCCUCAAAGACGGCGGUAAAUUCCUCGAUACAGGUUGUAUGUUCGCGCAAGAUAUCCGGAAACUGGUGCAUGACGGUGCGCCUUCUACCGGCGUCUACGGCACAGAUCUCCAUGGCGAGUAUUUCGACUUCGGUUAUGAAUUAUUCCGAGACAAGAACAUUCUUCUGAGGGAUCAUUUCAUAGCUGCUGAUAUUCUGGACGAGAAUGCUGCUGGAUUAAAGGAAUUGGAGGGGAGGAUCGAUGUGUUGAAUGCUGUGCAUCUAAUCCAUGUUUUCUCUCUCGAAGAUCAAAAGCUGCUACUGAAACGAUUCAUAGCAUUGCUUAAGCCCGAGAGAGGCGUUAUGGUUACCGGUCGUCUGACCGGGAAUCUGAAUGCGGGGUAUCAUGAGCUGGCGAAUGCGAAAGCGACUGUGAAAGGAGGGAGAGCGGAGAUUUUUGAACAUAAUGUGGAGAGUUUCAAGAAGCUUUGGGGGGAAGUGGGGGAGGAGACCGGGACGAGAUGGGACUGUAAGGCGUGGUUUUGGAGGUUUGGAAUUCAUACUGGAGGGGAGGACAAGCCUGCCAAUUGGCAUAGGAAGAAGGAGCAUGGGUUUAUUAGUUUUGUUGUUACAAGGACGGAGUAGAUGCACGAGGAAGACUAAGCCUCAUUUAUUAAGCUCUUACUCGUCUGUGUCUCUUAUUCUGUACCACAAUCACCGCUUCCCGCAUGUUUUUCCUGGACCACAGCAUGCUCUCUCAGUUUGUAACUGGCAAAAUUUAUGCGAUAUUUGUAUGGCAACCAACCAAGAAUUGUUCUUCAACGACUGAGCCUCAGUGUUUGUGGCAGGGAAUUACUGUCCCUUUGAGAGUACCAGACUAUAGGGACCCCGAGGAAUACGAUGUUAUUGAGGACAGG